GGUUGACAGUUGUCUCCGUCAGCAUGGGACUCAUCACAGGACUCUUUGCUUUCUUGUACCACUUACCGCAGAUUUACAAAUGGCUGCUGAAGCCGUAUUAUAUCACCUCGGUCCUCAUGACCGUCGCCUUCCUGCUGGUCCGAAAGGCUCCCGGUUUGUGCGAGCACCUGGCGACCCAGCGGGAGGACGGCAACUCCUGCGACUUUGACUGGAGAGAGGUGGAGAUUCUCAUGUUCCUCAGUGCAAUAGUGAUGAUGAAGAACAGGAGAGCAAUCACACUGGAGCAGCACAUGGGCAACUUGUUCCUGUUCAGUAAAGUGGCCAACGUCAUCCUCUUCUUCAGGCUGGACAUUCGGCUCGGCAUCCUUUACCUCGCAUUGUGUGUUGCGUUUGUCAUGACCUGUAAGCCACCACUCUACAUGGGCCCCGAGUACAUAAAGUACUUCAGCGACAAGACCAUAGAUGAGGAGCUGCAGAGUAACAGUCGUAUCACCUGGAUUGUUGAAUUCUACGCCAACUGGUCCUCUGAGUGCCAGUCCUUCGCUCCCGUCUUUGCUGACCUUUCACUCAAGUACAACUGUGCUGGACUCAGGUUUGGGAAGGUGGACAUUGGACGCUAUGGAGAGGUUUCAGAGAGGUACAAGGUGAGUACCUCUCCUCUGGCUAAGCAGCUGCCCACACUGGUGCUUUUCCAAGGAGGGCGCGAACUUAUGAGACGUCCGAUGGUGGACAAUAAAGGCAGAGCAGUGACUUGGACCUUCAAUGACGAGAACAUUAUCCGAGAGUUUAACCUCAACGAGCUCUUCCAAAAAUACAAGAAGCUGAACAAAAGCCGUGCUUUGAAAGAAGGGGAGCAGAACGACACUCAGCCAGAAGAGGGCAGUGACGAGCUUGAGCCUGAAACCAACAACCCGGAGCAGCCCACAGAGAGCAAGAAAGACCAGUGAAGUUGAGAGGAUGAUUCAGGGUUGAUGCUAGAAUGGAUGGUCUGAGGGAUGGGGGAAGGACCGUCAGAAUUGAUUUUGACUGCAGACACAAAGCUUUUUCUAACGUCAUUGCAUCUCAGCAAUAAGCGUUGAGUCCACAGCUCCACAUCCAGGGGUAUAUGGACUCUGAUGGAAAGCUGACAGAGGGCUCACCACAGUCGGUACAGACCUCGCCAACUUCCCGCUCUCUCUCUGGUUCUCUGGCAUAAGAGCAGAUCAGGGUGGGUCAGUGGGGCCUGCCGGAGGCUGCUUAGGGGCUGUGGGAUAGAGCCAGGCAACUGAGAGUCAAGCCAGGGGUCUGUGCGCACACCAGGUGCCCAUUGCUUGCUGUCCUCCAGUGUCCAUGCACCCCUGGAUAUGGAGCCUCCAACACGCUUUCCUCUUCAGCCCCAGUAAAGCCUCCAGCGAGCCCCAGUGAUCUAGGCUGUGCUCUGCUCCUCCACCAGAGAACCAGAGGGAGAGCAGGGGAUCAGCAGAAUCCAUGUCCAGGCCCGUUAGCCCGCUGUUAGCGUUCCUCAACUGUCCAUAGACCCCUGGAUGUGGAGCAGUCUUUGUCAUUUGUGUUUUUUCAAUUUUCUUUGCAAGGAUUUUGUGCCCCUGCUCUCUGAAUGUUUGUUCACUAUGACCAGACAAACAACGUUCUUUGUGUUCUAGCCAAUCACAGCACAGUAUGGCGGGACUUGUCCCUCCAGACCACCCAUUCUGGCAUCAGUCCUGAUUCAGAGAGGGGCCGCAAGUCUUUAUUUUCUUCUGACAUUGCCAUACCUUACAUUAUUGCAAAACAUUAUGGAAUGAAAAGAGGAAAAUGGGUUUGACACUACUAGAUGUCAUCUCUACACUAUGUCUUUACUGUGGCGAAUAAAUACCCAAAAAAGCUAGACCACAUUUCCCUGGUCUGAGUGGGUAUGAUGCUGUAUGGUGUGGACGCAGCUAUGCACAAGCUAAGCGAUGACUUGGGGACAUUUUAUUACAUUUAUUAAGUUAUUUGAGGGGGAAAAAUGCCUUUUUUUGUAAUGAUUGUUUUUCAGCCGUAUCUCAUCACUGCAUGUAAACCUUUGCUGCCUGUAUUUUGUGUUUACUGAUGUCUCAUGUUUCAAAACCAAAGUGAAGCUGAAAUUAAAAGUGUGACAAGUAAAGAUUCACAACACAUUGAA